CUGGCUACUAGUACGAGUUAUUAUCCAAAAGAUUACACACGAUAAGAAAUCGCGAGAUAUACGGCCGAGCAGUAGUUAUUUUCCGGGUUGUUAAAUACACCGAUAAAAAGGUUUGUCGAUCAAGCGAUGAUCGAUGGGACACAAAGGGAAACAAAGAGGAUCUGUCGAGGGUUCUCGAUUGACGAAAUUCUCGAUAGUAUCAAUAAUGGAGCUGUACGAUUCGACCGAGCACAACAGCUUGCACUUGGUAUCAGAAUAUACACCGCAGUGUGUAAUAGCGGGCUUUAGUUAGCAGGUUCAAUGGCUGUCUCCAACUCGGUGCUUUCGCCACUGAUCGAAGAUAUAUCGAUCUAGCCUCGAGUACAGAAUCUAGCGAAUGUAAAGGUCGCCUAAAUUAAACGGCGACUGGAAAUCGAGCCCUGAAAUUCAAUUGAAAAUUCAAUUACCUGACAUCACGAAAAAAUGAUUACGGCUACCGAUGUGAUUUUCAUCGGUACGACAAAGUUAAUCGAGUACAUUUCCAGCGGUGUUUACAUACACAAAAUAUCAAGAAAUUACUGUCCAUCUAUGAAGAAAGGUAAAUUUCGCAACGAGGUAAAACGAGUUUCUUUCUACUCUCGAAUAAUUGUGAACGCUUUAUGUUGUAAUUUGAAAUUAGAGUAAAAUGUAAUGUUCUGAUAAAGCGGCGUGUAAUAUAUUUUCUGCUUCUGGACGAAACGUAGCGAACUUAAAUACAAAAGACAGUAACUUUUGAAGCAAUAAUUCCGAUUUUCCACGAAUUUUCUGAGUGAAAGGAGUACCCUUUGCUUUCCAUUAAGCUGUCCAGCUUAAUUGAUCGUUCAACAACUACGUGCUUGUGCGGUACAAAAAUGUUUAAACACGAUGCAGCAUUCAGUGCAAGAUACGAAUCUUUACCAACGAAUUAACAAAUUUUUCAACGGUGAACUUUUGCCCAUAGAAUUUAUUAAACGAAGACAAGUUAGAGAUUCGAUCAACAUAAAACAGAAAAGAUCAGAGAAGCGGGAUGUUUUAGAUCAUUGAUGGAAUUAAGGAUAACGAUUUAAAGCAUUUAGAAGCUUUUCGAAAUCUCUGAGCGGUAUAUUUCUCAACGGAAUACGUUAAAUCUGUUUAAGUUAGAAGUUGUUUAGCCUAAACGUAAAAGGCACGGUGAAAUUUUAGAUGGUCGAUAAAAUUAAUGGAAAUCUGAGAUUCAUUUACGAGGAAUAUGUUUGAUAUCGAAGCGGUCAUAAUUGAAACAAGGAAGAAACUCAGUCCGCUAUUUAUUCUGGAAAAUUUAUUCAUCGUUCGGCUGCGGUAUAACGAGCGAAUUAACGAACUGUUCCUUGAUUAACUUGAUCUUGAUCAUUUGAUCGAUGACCAUUUUAUUUCCCGUAUUUCCGUGUAUCUUCCGCAGACUCGAUGCGUUUAAACCAGAAGAAAAUAUUACGUGGUUAAUAUGCUUGCAACUAGUUCGAUCGGAAAGUUUUCGAGGAGCCAUCCGACUUAAUUAGGAUUAACCUCCGCGGUAAUUCUAUACUUGCAGCCUUAUUCGGCUUAUGUACUCGAAAGGGAGUUUGACGGUAUUAACAUCGGAUGUAUCGGUUGAUAAUCCGAAAUCGACUUGACGCUCUACGUCUAGGACGGAUUGUUUACAAACGUUCAGGAAUAGAAUUUAAUUUUCUCCUAGAAAAUGUAAUUUUUUCUUUUUUUUUUUGGAGAUUACGAUACACGUACGCUAUCGCUAAAAAUUGUCAUUUCCAGCUAUCGCAAACUGUAUCUUAAUUACAAUUAAACGAACAAAAUUGAGGAUAAAUGAAACUGCAAUGAUUUUAUUCUUCGUGGUAUAGCUGGAUCUAGCGGAAUAUUGUGACACGAUUUAAUUGUCUUUCAAAAACAAUAUACGUUAAUCGAAAUGGUGUUUGCAUUUAAUUGUAAAUUUAAUCGAACUAUCGGAUCUCUUGACAGUCUCUCUGUUUUCAGAUUAGAAAUCCGAGUAAACUGACUUUUACAAAUUCUUUUAGACCAACGGAAGAACGUUAAUAGAAACGAUGAUAUUUAGAUAGCUGAUGCAUACAGGGUGUCUAAGAAUGUUGGACGCGAAUUUGUCGGACUCCUUUGUAAUAAGGAAACAAGAAAAACUAUUUAGCGUAAGAACCGAUUCUGUUUCAUUUGGAAGAAACGAAUUCCUCGAUUUUCUUUUACGAUGAACGCGACUCGUAGGAAUAAAUUGUCGUCAGAAACUCGCACGCGGGAAGAUCUGUAUCACUGCACUUUCGCUCUCAACGUUUGGCUUAUCUUUGGCGUUGAUAACGCGUGGAAAAUUUAGCUUGGAACAAUCGAUGCGAUGUAACAGGAAACUCGUGUUAAAUAUUCCAAACGCGAUAUUCGUUGAAUGGAGGACAGCGUUGCGUCUUACGUAAGAUGGGCAAACACUGGAAAGUAUGGAGAUAAAUAGACGUAGAGACGUAGAUAUGCGCUUUAUUAGGCGGAGUUGGAAGGAAGGAUAGAAUCUUAGUGGAAACUUAAUUCGAACCUAACUCAGAUUUAACCUAGAUACACCCUAAGGAACCAAGUACUUAGGAAAUGUUCAAUGGGAACGUGACUGAGAUAAAGAAAGAGCGGAGGAAAAGCAAGAAGAAAGAUAGAAAGUUAGAUGAUUGUAUUAAUCUAUCGCCGUGUUUAUCUAUAAAAUUAUUAUGCAGGAGCUUAACGAGAAGAGGAUUGUAAUUAAAGAAACUCAUCAAGCAGUUUUGCCGGAGUACAUCGAUCUAUCAUUGUCGGUAAUUGAUAGCAAAGUUGUGGCCUUAACGCGCAACAGGCGUACUCGGCAAGCCCUUUGCCCUUCUAACCGGAAGUAGUUUGCGUGCAAUCGCUGCCCAGCCAGAUAAUCCAUCAGAUUCUACAAGAUACAGUGGCUCGGGAAAGUAUUUUUAACUCUCGUUAGUAUCGUAGCGAGACACGACCGCAGCUGUUAUAUUGGUGAAAUUUCAAACGGAUUUGAGACUGUACAUGGAAGUUGCAAUGAAAGUUGCAGGUGAAAAGUCAAUUAUUCAAUAGUUGUGUCAAUUAGCGAGACCAUUUCUAGCGCUAAUUGUACAUCUAAGACUACCAUUCGUACAGUAAUUUUUCAACGAGUGUAUGCUCGCGAUAAAUGUCUGGUAAUUUCUACGUAGAUUCUCGGAUUGCUUUCGAGUUUCAUUGUUAUAAUCACGAUGAGUUUGUCUCUUUGCGGCAAAAUGUAUUCAUAAGAAAAUCCAUAACGAAGUUCCGCGAGAGCUGUCGCGAUACAUUUGCGAGUGAGAAGCAAGAAGAGUUAUGGAUCGUACUCGAAACUUGUCACAAAAUUUCUUCGCCAGAAACAGGCUUUCCAAGCAAAUGCAAGAAACACCGUCACAUUGCGACAGAUUGUAAACCAUCCGUUACGAGUUAUCGAUUGUACGUAUCGUCGUGGUCUUCUCUCUGUUGUCCAUCAACCCAAGAUGGAGAGGAUACAUCGAAGACGUAAGGUGAACCCAGCUGGUAAAUCCUUAGGAAACCAACCGUGAUUGGGAUGCCUAGGGUAGGGUAGACCUUUCUAGAGUCAGCAUGCUCCAUAAAAAAUAUCGAAGAGCUGCUCUGUAAUUACAAAGAGAUUGUUUCCUACCCUGGGAUAAGGGAUCGAGUCACGCCUCUCGGCGUUCGGACCCUCGGGAAAAUCAGGCUUUAAGAAAGUGGAGUUUGCUCGGUUAACUUUAUAGCCGUUUUCGACUUUCUUCCAAAUUGUUUCGAUCGAAAUUGGAUGGGUAGAGGUUGAUUGCUGCUCCUGCGUAGACGUUUCGCGGAUGUAUCAGCCGUCACCUGACACUCGAUUUCGCGCACCAACAUUCAAUCUCCGACCAUCAGAGUCAAUUGCGAUAUCGUGUAGAUUAAAUCACAUAUUUCGCACGAUCGGUAGCCGAACCAUCUACUAGCAAUCGGACCGGAAAAAUGAUUAUUCGCCUUGCUGACAAAAUUGUUACGUUUCCCUCGACUCUAACGUAUCGCGUUAAGACGCCGAUUGCCACGCGUGUUUCAGGUAUCUCGCCGCGAUAGAUCGACAUAUACACCGUAACAAAUAAUUUUCGCAAAAUAGCAUAUCGUAUCGGAGCACUUUCCCUCGUCAGUGUUAUCCGAGUCAUUCGCACUGUUGAAGAUUCGUUGGUACGUGAAAUUUAUCCUAUUCGUUGCGAUGGUUCUAAGAAACGUAGAAAAAUGUGUGCCACCGAUGACCACCGUGUCGCUCGAUUGUCAAGUCGAGUGUUAACUUGGGGCACUUGAAGGGGGAAAAUAUUUUUUCGACACACCGACAAAGAUCGAAGAGUCCGUUCUGAACGAUGACACGGGGACCCACGAUUCAAGUUCCGAUAUCGAGUUGGGAUUUUCCUUUCGAAUUCUAUUCCCUGUUCGGCGUUCUCGAGGGUCGGAUCAAAUCGGAUCCAUCGAAAUUGUCCUUUUUAAAUCGAGCAACGUUUUUGUCGGCGAUACCAUUUGCGUUCCGCGUAUGUCGCCCGAAGGAGCUCUUUCCUCUCACUCGUGGGUACACCUGUACCGUUCGAUCUAUCGUUCGAUCGAACAUUUUUGAAAUAAUAUCGAAGCUUGGAACGAUGUUACUGGAAUAAAAGACAGGGAAUUUUUCGUCAUCGAUAGAAAUUUUUCUUCAACUUUUGGCGUGUCUCGGCUGAAGUUGCUGGAACCAGCAGCUAAAGAUGCCAUAAUCGGGCCAGGAAUAACUCUUCACCCUCUUGGAAACUCAGACGUCGUUACACCCUCGGAAAUAUUUCCAUUCUGACAGACCGCAAUCGUACUCCUUAUUUUAUGGAGUUCGCGGCGCUUCUUUGAAUCAAAUCGCCGACUAAAUCAGAUUCAUACAAACGAGAUUAACCCGAGUCAGCGUUUCCCGAUUCGUGGAUCUGCCUGGAAAAAUUGAUAUUUUUCCUCUUCGGAAGCGUUGAUCAAAAGCUGACAUCGACAGCUUCCUUAAUUCGUUAAAAUCCCGCAGGCGAAAUUGAAUUACGAUAACAUCUCACUGAAUAACGAUCGGAGAAUCGUCGCAAAAGCCACAACACUCGUCAAAAUUCUACAAAUUCAAAUCGAAAAUAGUCGCAAACGGAAAGGAUCGUCGCGCAAGAGGAGCGUCCAUAAACGGUGAUCGAAAGAAUCAAAGAACGUUUUCAUGGCGAACACUCGUACGAAUUGAACUUUCCUUGAUCUUGACUCGAUAGAAACAUCGCUAUUCGAAAGCAGUUGGAAAAAAUUUCGAAGAUCAAAGAGGCCCGCCGUCUGGUGCAAUGAAAAACUCGACGAGAACCGGCUGGCUGACACUUCCCUCGAGAGCGGAAUGUUCAAGAUGCGUUUCGAAGUUGCACAGGAAAUUGUUCGGUCGAAGAGAAACUCGAGUCCUCCGUAAACGAAGAACGAACGACUCGGAAUGAUAAACGUUAUUAUGGAAAGACUGUGUAAAAUCACAAAGCGAUCCGGUUCGUUCUCCUCGUCCAUCUUUUCUUCUAUUAUGUCGAUACGUCUCUUAUGUCUCUUGUCACGUUAAAGAUUUCGAUGGUUGACGCGCGGCAUAAUUCUGUCGCGUAGCAUGCAUAAGUUUCAGGCCUCGUCGCAGCCCCGCCGUAACACUUCCCUUUUCAUUGCUCUGCCACGAAAUUGAGUUGCCGCCGUCGAGAAGGCGCGUUCAUUUUCCGCGCACAGCCUUUCUUCUUCCUCCGUCGCACGUAGUAUGCAGAAGACACUUGUAAUACUUUUGGCUUGACGGCUGAGUCUUUAAUUCGUCGUGCAAACCACGAAAUAAUCGUUGCCUGAGGAUAUUGAGAGAAAGCGAGGGAGACACGAGCGAACGUGAUUGGGAGGGAACGAGCGAAAAAUCUAAUGAACAGUCCGGAGGAAUAAAUUAGUGCGAUUAAGAUGAUAACGAUCGAGGUGCUGGAGAGAACCUGUUGCGAUCCUGUUCCAACAAGCUGCGUUUGCCGAACGCCACUCCGGCGAACGAAGAUAUUCAAAUCGCUGGCAAUCGAUCGAUCGAGAAGAGGAGAAGAGCAUGGGAUAGAAAAACCGUAGCUGUACAACACUCGAGGUAGCUUAAGAAACUUGGAUGUACGUAGAGCCGAGUCUUCGCAUGUGAAAAUUGAAAUUUUCGCCGAUGGAGAUUUAUCACGCCCGAUUGCGCGCAAAAGAUUAAUUCACGUUCGACGGGCUGUCAAUUACGCGGGCAAACAAAGCGUCCGCCGUAAAUGAAUCGAGAAAUAAAGUUUGUUUGCACGGUGCAAAAUCACUUUACGCUUUCCUCUGGUAGAAGGCAAUAGGGUGCGCGUUGUCACGAUAUUCCCCGCUGGUUUCAUACGCAGUUCACCAUAAAAGAGUGCGAGAAAGAGCAAAACGGAGUCGUUAAAAAAGAUCAAUCGGACGAGUGACCGUCAUUGGAAAACAAUAGCAGCUUGAUCAGAGACUGUCGUUAGGCUGGAGAGAUACAGAGAAAGAGAGAGAAAGAGAAAAAGAGAGAGAGUGUGUGUGUGUGCAUGUGUGUGCGAUGAAGAGCCUCGCCUGCCUUUUCGUCAAUUUUUAUUUGCUACACGGCACUCGUUACGAGCGGUCGAGAAGCAGAUCUGUUGUUCUCGGUGCAGGGAAUCGAUUCCCAUAAAAUCCUCGAUCGACGUGUCGCGCAGCCACUCGGUCUAUCUGGUGAUCCCGGCGUUUCACUCGACGAUACGCUAACAGUACGGUGCCGAUAUUACGUCUAGUAGCGUAAACGAGGUUUCUCAGUGUCCCGACGGAUGCUCGAGGAUCGUUCGAUUAUAAUUUCGUCCGACGUCGCGGCCAUCUCUUUGCCACACGAUGCACGAUGUGUACGAAGGAUACGAAAGCACAGGUAGAAGAAAGAGAAGAAAGAAAAACGUGAACGAAGAGAGCGAUGUUGUUAAUCAUGCUGGUUGAUGUAACGUGCUGGUGUUUGGACAGAUUGAAAGCAAAUCGAGCAACGUGAAGAUGUACGCCGUUCAAUCGAGCACACUGGUCUCAUGCACGAGGGGUCCAUGUCCGUCGAGGGAGAAGAAGUGGGUCGGUCAACCUCGAGGCUAUAGGCCAGCCCGAGUUUCGUGCAGGAAGAUCGGUCGUUAGAGAAAACCGUGUUGACGAGCGAGAAAGAUCGACGAGUGGCGAAGAAAGCAACGAGCAUGGACCAACGAGAGGUGACUCAUCCGCGCGUUUCUCAAUGGACGGAGUCACUCUGACCGAACAGAUCUAGGAGAAAGUGGCGGCACGAGCGCAAAGUCGAGGCGAGGAAACGCGUGGAACGGAGAGGUUCGAUCGGAACUCGAGAUUGCGGAGAGGAGUCAGGAAAAUCCUUUCGAUUCGAACGUACAGGUUGAAGGUUACAGUCGAGUCGAGCGUGUAAGUCGUAUCACGAUAGAACGCGAGGAAUAUCGUGAAAGUGUUGGAAAGCGAAAUUUAGAAAAGAAGAAUCUCGAAGAGCGAACGAGGUUGAGGAAGAUCGAUCGCGCAAGGCGGAUGAUCUGCGUGAUUGGAUUUGAAAUCGUGCGAAGGAUAAUUUGCAUGUAAUGGCAACGUUGAUCUUGUAGCGGUAAUUUGUGAACGACAAUUUUUACUCGUAGGAGACGAUAAUAGGAAGAGACACGAAGAGGAAGAAUAAAAGAAAGCGAAAAUGAGUAGAAGAACUAUGCCACUGGUUGGACUGAAUUCUUGCGAGAGGAUAAGACCGGAAAGACUUAGGAAUCCUAUUCAAAGACUCGUGUGGGGUCCUGGUACUCAGUUUCUAGUUGGUCAAGUUGGUUUGCCCGAGGACGAGGGAUCGAAUCCACGAAUGGCUCUGAGAAGGCUCCUUAGAUUGUACGAGGGAAGACAAUACAGAGAAGCAGCCGCUUUUCUCAUGAAACUGCCACACUAUACCUUGAGGACGACUCUGCCGGACAUUCCCGUGGACCUGUUGAUCGAAACGCUUCCUCAUAGCCUGUCCCUGCUGGAGGCUCUCUACUCGAGGCUCGUCGAGUUGAACGUGAACGACGCGAAAAUCUUGAAAGUGGAGCAAGUCCUUUGGAGGAUCGUCUAUCUGAUCUCGAUCAGCCAGGAUCAUUUCCGUCUGAGGAUCUGGUGCAAGCUGCUGAUCUCCCUGAACAAAUUGGCUCCUAACGCGAGGAGCAUCCUGGCCGCUAGGAAAAGGACUUUGGACAGGGCGGUGGAAGGUUUGGGCAAGCACGGAUUGGUGGCAUCCUGUCAUCCAAGCAAUUUGGAGAACGCCGGGGCCUCGAAUCUGGUGCCUUUACCCGUGGCGCUGAAGGAGCAGCUGGAGAGCAGAAUCGAGGCGUACAAGUUGGCCGUGCACAAGAUCGAGAGCUUCGGCAAGCACGCGAGAACUCACAGAGCGGACCAAGGUGUACAGGCGGCGUCGCAUCAGAGGCAACUUUCGCUCAAGUACAGCGAGAUUCAGCAGAGGCUGAUCGAUAAUCAGAGUUUGUUGAACACGUUGGAGAAAGCUGGUGACCCAAGUAGCUUAGAAAGUCUGUUAUCCGAGUUGAAGCGAAGGGUCGAACAGGACAAGGAAGCUCUCAGACAAUGGACAGCCUUGAGGAAAUCCACUUUCGGCGGGAAUACGAAGAAUCCACCGCUAGCCGCCAGAUUGCUGCAAUUCUCCAGAGGCUGCGAGCUAGCACUACAAUUGAUGAACCAGGAUAAUCUACGAGUAUUCGAGCUGAGCGAAAAUUUGCCGGACGACUACGACGAGGAAUCCAGCAGCAGCGCUGGUUAUCACACGGACGAGAGCUGCAGCCCGACUCCGGAACCAUCGGUCAGAAACGGAUGCACGAUUCUCAGGGUGGAGGAGACUUUUCCAAAUUUAACAUUCGACGACGCGACCGCCGAACGACUGGCCGAAAGAUACGCGGCUCUCUACGACCAGGCGCAUUUGCAUACGUUGGACGCUCUGGACGCUCUGCAACCUCUGAAGGACGCAACCGACUUAAAAGCCAAGAUACUCUAUUCGGUGGUCGUGCUCUCCUGGCGGCUGGCGGGCAUAAUUCAGACGUCGAGGUAUCUGCAAGCGAUGAAAAUUCUGAACGGUACCGCGGCCACGGAACAGGCAACGCCGAAGUUGGAAGAAUGCGUGAAGCGACAGCUGGCGACUUCCGGUGCACGAACCGGUUCCCGCGAGGUCGCGGAACAGGUGGUCAACCAGCUGGAAAGAACUCUGUACGACUUUCCGUGUCUACGGGGAUGCGUAGAGGUGAAGAACUACGCCGAUGCUUGUUCCAGUUUGGCCUGGGCCUGUCUGGCGCGUGUCACGCCUUUGGUCCUCGACGUGGCUCAAGCUUUGGAAUUCAGACGAGAGAUUCAUCUGAGGCAUCACGCCUCUCCGGAUCCGAAUGGUACGAGAAUUAAGACAGUUUUGUGGCCCGGUUUGAGGGAAGGCUGUCAAGGACCCUGCCUUCACAAGGCGGUCGUUCUUACUUCUUAACAUUAACACGUUUUUACCAGUAUGUCGAUUUCGGCUGACUUUUCCAGUCACGCGAAUCGCCUUACUUUAAAUCGAGAUAUACGUAAAAUACGUAAGUAUACUGGCCAUAAGUAUUACGUACUUAUUACAAUUAUUAUGCAAAACUUUAACGAAUUUUAUUUUAUUCGAUAUUUUAUAUUAUAAAGCAUAAAAGUAUGAUGAUAAAGAAUGAAUUAUUUAUAAUGAAAGAGCGGAAGGCAUUCGAUCUAAGGUACCCAAUAUCGCCAAGUGUCAAAAUACUUACGUCCAUUAAGAAGUCUAACUUCUGCUGUGAGACACAUGCGGUUGCGACUAGAUGGUUAUGCAAAUGCGAUAUUGUUACUUAUGUGUGAUAAAUAUCAACUGGAUUGCAUGACUAGAUCGCGUAUUAAUCCAUUGAAAACCAGGUACAGUGAAAUAGUACACGGUAUAUAGAAGCUGAAGAACAAAAUAAAUACGAAGUAACUACGUUCAAGAUGCAGAAAAUGUAAUGUUCAAAUUAACGUUAAAAAAAGACAGAAGAAAGGUGCAAAUGCGAUACUAUGGUCGAUUAUCAUUGUCACCUUUAUACAAAGUGGUCUCAAAAUGUAUCCGCACACCGUUCUAUAUAUCGUAACAUUUAUCUAUGCAGUAGAAUUCAUUGAGUUCAAGUGUAUUAUAUUGUAUUAACGUUGGUUCUUAAUGGAUUACAGUAUGUUAGGCAUAUAGCGUCGUAUAAGCAACGUCCUUUGAGAUACGUGCGGUUAAGGAAUUCUUGCUGGGAAAUUCAAUUGAAAACGCGUAAACUUCUGCGAUGCUGCUUCGAAUCGAAAGAAAAAGAAGUUGAUUUUUAAGUGGAAAGAUAAAGUAAAAUAUGAUAAAUAGAUAAACGGAUAGAAUCAGAAAGUAAGUUAGAGUCGUGGAGAUCACGAAGAGGAAAUGCAGACGAUGUGGAGUGGGAUGUACGCCACUGGCUGCUCCAAUUUCCACGCGUGCCUCGUCGCAGUCUUGAAUUUCCCAAGGGGAACUGGAAUUACAUUUAUACUCCGUCUUAUGUAACAGAAACGCGUCGCACUCUUUACCCUCUAGCGAGAUAGGGUUUUAGCGUUAGCGGCGUGAUGAGAUUCUUUAAUGCCACACGAUCUCGCGCACGGUGCUCUCGUUGCUAAACAAGUCACAGUUGUUUGCACGAUCGAAGAUUCUUCGCGGGGAUUUUGCAAAUAGAAACGAAUACCAAUUACUUACGCGCGUUUUGAUCUUUUUAACGCUAUUCAAUCUAUUAGAGACGAAUGAUUUAUUAAAGAUAUUGUAAACCCAAUAUUUCAUUUGCGAUUUCCUUUUAGUCCGUUCACAUUAAUAAAGUCCAUUAAUCUUUCACAUUGUAAUUAUAAAAAAGAAUUUACUUAAUAUCUUUUUCGUUACUAUUUCUUCUUUUAUCUAGAUUCCGCGAUUAUACGCGUUUUAAAGAAAUUGAACUACUAUAUAGCAUUAUGAUAAAUUAGUUUUUCUUUUUGUGCCUUCGAUUUGCGUAGUAGCGUCUGUAAUGUAUAUAUUAUUCUAAUACGUUGUUUGUACCUUGAUAAAAACAAUAACUUACUUUAUAUUACGUUACUUACGGUUUCUAAUAAAUUGUUAAUUAACGUUGUAUUUACACAACUUUUGGACAUUUCUUUAUUGCUUGCCCUUAAUGGAUUAACUGCUACCAACAUUUUUCAAUAGCAACUUCAAUUGAUUAAAAUGGAGAAUCUACUACCGAAUAAUGCAUCGAGAGCAAAAAUGGAUUAACUUCGAUGUUCAACAAACUGAAUAAUUUUCUGUGUAAAUUACAAUCCGAAUAUAUUUGAGCACUAAUGCAAACAACGCAGUUUGUUCCGACGACUUAUUUAUUUACAAAUUUCUUUACAAAUUGUUUAAAAUGUCGCCCUAACUAACUAAAUCACUAACAGAUUCUUGCCCGGCGAAUCUUAUCUCAUUCUCCACGACCUACAUCUCAUAUCCCACAUUCCAUAUCAUGCAUCCCACAACCAUUCUCCAUACCCAAUAAGGUAAGUACACUCAUAAGUUGAAACUUUCCAUGCUAUUAUACACACUUAUUCUGUAUCAUGUAUUCACUAUCCCAUAUGCGUUAUCCCAAACCCAUUCCAUAAUUCACAUUUCUAUUCCAUAUUCCGUACUUCAUAUAUCUUAUCUCACAUCCUAUAUCAUGCAUCCUGCAACCAAUACUUCAUUCUCCAUACCCAAUAAGGUAAGUACACUCAUAAGUUGAAACUUUCCAUGCUAUUAUACACACUUAUUCUGUAUCAUGCAUUCACUAUCCCAUAUGCAUUAUCCCAAACCCAUUUCAUAAUUCACAUUUCUAUUCCAUAUUCCAUACUUCAUACAUCUUAUCUCACAUCCUAUAUCAUACAUCCUGUAACCAAUACUUCAUCUUUCAUACUUAAUAAGGUAAGUACAUUCAUAAGUAGCAACUUAUCAUGAUAUUAUACGUACAUUUCUAUACCCUACAUCCAACAUCGUAUCAUUUUCCACAAAGAAAAGUUAUCCCCACAAAAUGAAAUUGAGUUCCUGCGAAUUAUCCACAAGACGCAAUUCAUUUCCCACAAAUUUCUCACAAAACCCACAAGAAAUUGACACUUCCCGCGAGCGAAAUUCGCCAGCCCGCGAUAUGAAGUUCGUUGCCCACAAUUUCCCACAAAAGCCCAUAAAAAAUUGACACUUCCCACAAACGAAAUUCGUCAUGCCACAGUUAGGUGUCGCGGUGUUAAUGAAAUUUCAAAACGUUUCCUAUAAAACGUUCGAUAUACAUAUUCAUAAAAAUUUGUAUGCUAAGUGUUCGAAUAUCUUUAUGAACUACUCUACGAGUAUGUUUCAAUUCAAAACUCAAACUCACAUCCAGAAGAAACGCGGCUUUGUCAAUGUCGUCGAUGCGUCCAUGAAUAAUUGCAAAAAUAUCUGUCGUGCACUUCAACAUCGAGUCGUGUUGCACGGUUACUUCCACCUAGAAUCAGAAGUUACCAGGAAACUGUCCGUAAAACUUUUCUCGCGUCAGAUGCUCCACCUUCGAAAGAAACCGUAACUGCCCUGGGGUAUCGCUGAGAUUUUGUAUUAGACGAGGAAUAGUAGCCACAGAUGCUUUGGAAAUAUCGAUGUAUCAAGUCGGUAGCAGGCAGCCACAUGGCGAAACUUGUCGGUUCUUGAACUUUCGAAUUCUUUACACGAGCGCGCUGCGAUAUCUUCCCCUCGUCGUUGAUAUAAUGCGGAGAAAACUCGAGGAAAAAUGUCUCUCUUGCGAUCCUCUUCGCGUAGGGCAGUCCAUUUUUUUGCGAGGGUAAUCAGAUCAUAUAAGCGCUUUAAAUCUCGCGAUAAAUCAUUUCGUGAGUGGAGCUAUACGUCGAGCAUAGUAAUUCUGGGCGUAGUUAAUCCAUUAGAAACCGCAUAGCGAAGUAAAUGUAAAAAUUACGUAUAUGGAAUAUUAUUGAAGAAUGUACAAAAGUACAGAGCUAUGCAAAUCUAUACAACGAUCAAUUCUUGGAACAUUUGAAUAUACGUAUAAUAAUGUGGAUCCUUUGUAAAGACGAUUGAAAAAUAGAGAUUGUAAAUGCAAGAAAUUGUUGCAUUUUUAUACUCCCAAACUUUUGGUAUUAUUUUUUAUCCAAUAAAUUCAUCGAAAAUAAACAAUCUUUUCUCAUAGAAACGACGAGAAA